AUGUCGAAUGGAUUAACAUACGAUGAAUUAGUGGACCAUAUCAUGAAUGAUAAGAGUAUCCCGAAUGUCACUGCAGUCGAAGAUAUAGUGUUAGAUGAGAAAGAGAGAAGUGCUAAUGAAUUGAAACCUAGAAGUAAACCCUGGGAGACCAGAUCCAAGAUUGCAGAGGCAAAUAAUCAUGAAACCAAUUCUGAUUUACUUCUAAUAAAAGACUCUGAAGAAAGUACAGGGAGUACAGAGGGUACAGAACCUUCAAAAGGCACUAUGAUACAUUUCACUUACGAAGCAAAUGACGAAUAUUAUAAGAUGGAGGAGGAUAUGGCUAAAAAGAAUUAG